AUGCUGAGCUCACACUAUUGUAAUGGUACCGAAGAAGGGAGGAUCGGGUUUUGGAGCCGAAGCUUCUUUGUUUGGAUAUUGCCAUUCCUUCAGACAGGGUAUCGAGAAGCCCUAGAGGUUGAGGAUGUUCCGGAAGUCGACACAAAACUUCAAGGACAAUGUUCGGGUACAACUGUGAACUAUAUCGGGGGAACUUCAGCGUCCGAGCCUAAGAUUUACGGAAAUGCACUCACCGGCGCGUAUGUUCUGGUGUACAUGGGGUUAGCGGUUUCCAAAGCUGUAUACUGGCGUCAGACAUACCGUCUUCUCACUAUGAUGAGAUCUGGUCUUAUAUCUAUGAUCUAUGACCAGACUAUCGACCUGAGUGCGGCUGAUUUGACUGAUUCCGCAGCUAUCACAUUAAUGGGCACUGAUGUCGAACGAAUAAUGGCGAAUUUGAAAAACAUCCAUGAGGCAUGGGCAUCUGUCGUAGAACUGGGGAUAGCGAUUUGGUUAUUGGAGCGCGAGAUUGGUGUCGCCUGCUUUAUACCCCUCCUCAUCUCACUGGGUUCCGUGUUAGCAAUGGUCCCAGUGUCAAGUCGGUCUGGGAAGGCGCAGAAACAAUGGAUCGAGCGAGUACAAACGCGACUUGCAGUGACAGCAAACACAUUAGCUAACAUGAAGGCUGUACAAAUGCUUGGGUUGAGGGAUGUUAUCUUACCACUGGUGUCACAUCUGCGUGAAAUGGAAGUGAAAACUUCAGUUACUUUCCGAAAGUUGUUGAUAUGGCAGGUUGCGCUCUCCAACUUGCCAGUUGUCCUCGCUCCCUUCGCUACGUUUCCCAUUUACGCGGUAAUAUCUGUCGUGCGACACGAUGGAUCAAUCCUCUCUGCUCAGGCAUUCACAUCCCUCGCUUUGAGUUCUCUUCUCACAAAUCCCCUGCUCAUAUUUUGUCAAGCGAUGCCUGCACUCUGGCAGGCCGUCGCUUGCUUUGACCGAAUUGAAGCAUAUUGUGCAGAGAACACCCCUUCAGCCGCAACACACGAAGAGCAGGCUCAGCCGUUCUCGACAUCUGAAAAAUUCUUGAUCUCAUUCCAGAAUGCAAACAUAGCAUGGUCCCCGGAAAAAGAGCCCGUGCUACGCAGUCUGAAUGUUGAUAUUUACCAAGGUAUUACGAUGAUUGUCGGUCCUGUUGGAUGUGGGAAGUCAACUCUGAUCGAGAGCAUCCUCCAUCAACACAUGGUUAAAAAUGGUACCAGGACAGCGUCAUUCUCAAAAGCGGCCUACUGUCCACAGACCCCGUGGAUUUGGAAUGACACCAUCCGGAACAAUAUCAUGGGAUUCCUGACAUUUGAUCAAGUAUGGUAUAAUUUCACAUGCGAGGCAUGUGGCCUGCAGGAGGGCCUCGACGCUCUUGCAGAAGGCGACAUGCAUCUAGCUGGAAGUGAUGGCAUCUCACUUAGUGGAGGCCUAAAGCAGCGAAUUGCGCUCGCCCGAGCGGUUUACUCCAGGCUUGAUGUUGUCAUUCUGGAUAAUGUGUUCAGCGGACUCGACUCGACGAAUGUUGCUCUUAUCUCGAACCGGCCUUUUGGCAAAGAUGGAUACUUCAAGAAACCGGGAAUAUCCGUUAUUCUCGCAAUGAGUACCUAUCAGUUGCUUCCCCAUGCAGACAAAAUAGUGAUGAUGGAUGAGGGAAAGAUUACAGCAUCGGGGUCAUACAGUGAAGUACUAUCUAAGGAACCGAAGAUUUCUUCAGGAGUUGAACACCCAACUGCGGAACCUCCUCUUGCAAUGGUGGGGAAGUCAAACUCUCAUCUCACGGUUGUCGAAAACAAAGAUUCUCUCAACGCUUUUGUGGAGAUAGCCAAUGACGAAAAGACCACCCUCGCUGGACAUCAACAAAAUUGGUCCGUGUAUACAUACUACUUUCGAAGUGCAGGAUAUGGCCUUUUGGUCUCGUUUUUAGCCUUCAUUAUUAUUGAGGCUUUCUGCACCAGCUUCCAAACACUUUGGAUUCAAUGGUGGGUUGAGGCAAAUGAAGAGCAACCUAACAAGCAGCUGGGGAUGUAUCUCGCUAGCUGCUGGUUGCUCUUCAUUCGAGCGCUUAACAACACUUCGCUGAAUUUGCAUUCCGAUCUUCUCAAAGCAGCGCUUAGGGCAACGAUUACCUUCUAUCAAAGUGUAGACACCGGAUCAACAACGAAUAGCCAAGAUUUGGAACUUAUUGAUAUGAUGCUACCAAUAUAUGCUGUCAACUGCGUGACUAGUUUCAUUGAGGUUUUCAUCAGCGUCAUUAUUAUCUGUGCCAUGGGUAGAUACCUGGCAGUCUCAAUCCCAUUCCUAGGGGUGGUUCUAUUCUUCAUUCAGUCAUAUUACCUACGCACAUCCCGACAGGUCCGAUUGUUAGAUAUCGAGGCCAAGGCGCCCCUUUACACACACUUUCUCGAGACGAUCCAGGGUAUAUCAAGCAUCAAAGCCUUUGACUGGGGGCUCCAGCUACGAGAAAAAAGCGACAUUCUACUAAACCGAUCCCAGAGACCGGUCUACAUGCUUUACAGUAUUCAGCAAUGGCUAAUUCUGGUUUUGGAUUUGGUUGUUGGGGCUAUCGCAGUCGUUUUGAUUGCAGUCAUCACAUCCCUACGAGAUCAAUUCAGUGCAGCAUCCAUUGGAGUUGCACUGAACAUUAUACUGACACUAAAUCAGACCUUGGCAAAUGCUCUCAAGAUGUGGACCAUGACUGAAACUUCUAUCGGGGCUGUCUCGCGUGUAAAACGCUUUAUAGAAGAUACUCCCUCGGAAGAACGCUGCGUGAGAUCUCCAGAUGUUCCUCAAUUACCGCACCCCUGGCCUUGUGAAGGUGCUGUGGAGUUUACGGACAUGACUGCUGGGUAUGGCCACUCAACCACUCCAAUCCUCAAAAGUAUUACCAUGACUAUCAAGCCAGGGGAAAAGAUUGCCAUCUGUGGACCAUCCGGGAGUGGAAAGACAUCACUUAUCAUGGCGAUUCUCCAGAUGCUUGACGUUCAAUCUGGAUGCAUCAACAUAGACGGCGUGAACCUUGCCGAGAUUUCGAGAAGCACAAUCCGCUCGCGCAUCAACGUUGUCCCUCAAGAACCCUUCUUCAUGCCAGGCACCCUCCGCUUCAAUCUUGAUCCUCGCCAGUGUGCGAUCGAUGCAGAACUGAUCUGUGCUGUCGAGAAGGUGGGCCUCUGGGAUCGGGUCCGUGCUAAAGGGGGCUUGGAUAUGGAGUUCUCUGCUGGGGACUGGUCGGUUGGGCAGAGGCAAUUGCUUGCCUUGACUCGGGCCCUCGUGAAGAAGAGUGCUUUGUUAAUCUUGGAUGAGGCAACAAGCAGUGUCGAUUGGGAAACGGAAGCGAUCAUGCAGGAGAUUAUCGAAAAGGAAUUUUCACAGCAAACUAUCAUUGCGGUGGUCCAUCGGCUUCGUUAUGUUCAUUGGUUCGACCGGGUGAUGUUGCUCAAGCAUGGCGAACUUGUGGAGUGCGAUCGAGCUGAAGAGUUGCUGCAAAGGGAUUCUGACUUACGGAAGCUCUAUUUGGCUUUCCAGGAGCCAUCUACUAGUGGAUAA